AUGGUAAGCGAAAGGGAUGUGACGUUCUUCUUGGAAGGAAAAAAGAUACGGGUCAAAAUAGCCAUUAGGGUCUCGAUUGUCAAACAAAUGGGGGCGAUUAGGGUCUCUUUUGAAUCCAACGACGAAAAGCCUUUCAUGUCGCUGCGAUUUGGUUUAUCCUUAGUUCCAUUCUCCCUUACUCUCAAAACUGUUCCUCGGAUCUCUUUGCCAUACUGUGGAUAUGACUUGAUUUCCGCUUUGAAUGCAGUGCUACAUGUUUGUGUCCUAAAGUGGAUCGGCUCCUUCGACAGCAUUCUAGGUAGUGUCAUGUCCAUUGGUCAAGAUGAAGCUAAGACCACAAAACUAGAAGACAUUGGAACACUGCACUUAGUUUACAUUAUAACACAACAACACAAGCAAGAAAUCAAAAGAAACAAUCUCAAAUCACACUACAAACAAACAAAUAAAAACAAAACCAAAGCACUAUACACUAUAACAAAUUCACUCCAAACCAAAGCCUAUAGUGACCUCACAUUCAGAUCCUCCUCACCUCUUCUUCUUGUUAUUCCUGUUAUAAACCGGCACCUGAAUGAACCCAAACUUCUUCUUCUUCAUCUGGAAAAAAUACUGCCUUUUCUCCAAAACAUUCUCAUCUUCCUUGGCCUGCUCGUCACGAUGAUGCAGGAUUCCCCGACUCUGUUCCCUCAGCAUCUGGCUCAACGACACGUGUCCCCUCUCCGGACAAUAAUCCUCCGCGCGCCUCCCCACCACACCAUCGUCCUGCGGGCCCACCAUCCUCCGCACCCCCACCGCAGCCUCCGGUGGGCUCCUGUGGGCCCCCACCGAGUUCCGAAACUUGAACUUCAUUAA